CGGCUUGGGAGAAGUUGAACCGAAGCCAAUUUUUAGAAGCGGUUUGGGUUCUAGCUGAUUCGGACCGGCCGUUUCGCAGCCGGAUGGACAAGUCUGUUCAUUACUAGAGAGACAGGCUAAUCAAAGGAUAGAAUUUCUUGCAGGUUCACUGGCAUGGCGGGGCUGGAAGAGUUGAAGAAGAAGCUUAUGCCGCUUUUCGAUGCAGAGAAGGGAUUUCCGUCUAGCUCUACAGUUGACCCUACCGAUUCUGACAUGUUACUGGACGGUGGAACAGUGAAUUUGCUGAGCAAAUCGUAUAAUGUGUACAAUAUUAAUGAGCUAGGCCUGCAGAAAUGUACAUCGUCUGCUUUUUCUGUGGAUGAUGGAGAGAAAACGUAUAGGUGUGCUUCUCAUGAGAUGAGGGUUUUUGGGUCUAUCGGGAGUGGGGCGAGUAGUGUUGUUCAGAGAGCUAUUCAUAUCCCAAACCACAGGAUUAUUGCCCUAAAGAAGAUUAAUAUUUUUGAAAAGGAGAAAAGGCAACAACUUCUUACUGAGAUAAGAACAUUGUGUGAGGCACCAUGUCAUGAAGGCCUUGUACAAUUCUUUGGUGCCUUUUACACUCCAGAUUCCGGACAGAUAAGCAUUGCGUUAGAGUACAUGGAUGGCGGGUCUUUGGCAGAUGUUGUUCGUUUGCGUAAAAGCAUACCAGAACAAAUUCUAUCCAUUAUGGUGCAAAAACUGUUGCUUGGACUAAGUUACUUGCACGGAGUUAGACACUUGGUUCAUAGAGACAUCAAACCUGCAAAUUUGCUUGUAAAUCUCAAGGGAGAGCCAAAGAUCACAGAUUUUGGUAUAAGUGCUGGGUUAGAGGAUUCAAUGGCAAUGUGUGCAACUUUUGUUGGAACUGUUACAUACAUGUCUCCAGAGCGCAUUCGCAAUGAAAGUUACUCCUAUCCUGCUGAUAUUUGGAGCCUUGGGCUUGCAUUAUUUGAAUGCGCUACUGGUGAAUUUCCAUACUCCGCUAAUGAAGGGCCUGUUAAUCUUAUGUUGCAGAUUUUAGAUGAUCCAUCCCCAUCAUUAUCAAAUAAGAAUUUUUCUCCAGAGUUUUGUUCGUUUGUCAAUGAUUGCCUACAAAAGGAUCCGGCUGCUAGAGCAACAGCUGAGAAGCUGCUUUCUCAUCCAUUUAUUACAAAGUACGAGGAUGCUGGGGUGACCUUGGAAACUUUUGUGCAAAGUAUAUUUGACCCAACACAGAGGAUGAAGGAACUUGCUGAUAUGCUGACGAUUCACUAUUACCUACUUUUUGAUGGAUCUGAUGAUCUUUGGCACCACAUGAAGACUUUAUAUGAUGAGCAUUCAACUUUCAGUUUUGGAGGGAAAGAAUGUGUCGGGGCAGAUGAUAUAUUCUCAACUCUGUCGAAUAUUAGGAAGACACUGGCUGGAGAAUGGCCCCCAGAGAAGCUAGUGCAUGUCGUGGAGAAUCUCAAGUGUCGUCCUCAUGGUCAAAACGGUAUUGCAAUUCGUGCCUCCGGGUCAUUUAUUGUCGGAAAUCAGUUCUUGAUAUGUGGAGAAGGUGUACAAGUGGAGGGGUUGCCAAAUUUUAGAGAUGUAUCAAUUGACAUAGCUAGCAACCGUAUGGGCACAUUUAAGGAGCAGUUCAUUAUAGAGACGAGGAGCGUCAUCGGAUGCUACUUCAUCACUAAACAGGAGCUCUACAUCGUUCAGUAAAUAUGAAACAAAAGGUAUGUAUAUAAUUCUAUAGGCAGAUUUUUUAUUUUAUUUUUUGAUCAAUCUCUGUUAUGGUGCCGAAAGGCUAAAGCCAUCUAUCUAUCUAUCUAUCUAUCUAUGUGGUUAUUUGGAUUUCUUUCAUACACUUAUUUCAAAUGCUAAUAGUUGAUGAGUCUGAUGAGAUAGAUGAGACAAGAAUUGUGAGCAAACACUUUAGGAUGAAGCUCAAGUGCAAAAACAUGAAUUAUAUAUUUAUUUUUAUUUUCUAUUGAACUCUCUUUAUGUAAUUCUAUCAUCUCAACUAUCAUUUCUGUGUGAAUUUAUUCUUUAUACCAAAUGUCCUAAAUAGAAUUCUAAAUUAAAAUAGUAAUUGCAAGAGGCAGCACAACAUGGAGAUGGAAAAAGGGUGAGCCCAACUCUAGCCUCCACAUUUACCCUCGCAACUCUUAUCACUGUUAUGAUGAUACUGAUUUAUUUAUCAAAACAAAAACUCUAGCAUCAUCACCACCAUAAAUAAAAUUCAUGUAAUGAUUAUGAGUUGUUAAAUAUUGCACUGCAUUGCUCCUUACCUUCAAAAAAAAAAAAAAACACUUACUUCCUAUUUAAUUCCUGGGGAAACAGUUA